GGGGUUUCGUGCACACUUACUGCUAAGCAUAGUUUAGUGACGUUCACGGGUGAGCACUAUGAGUCCGAAAAUACUCAUCAUUGGCGCCGGUGCGUCCGGAAUUGCUGCUGCUACACGUUUGUACGAAAAUGGAUACCGAAAUUUGAUUAUACUGGAAGCUGAGAAUCGAAUCGGAGGACGAAUUCACACGGUACCCUACGCAGAUAAUGUACUGGAUUACGGUGCCCAAUGGGUUCACUCGAACGUAGACAACGUUGUGUACGAUAUGGCGGCAAAGUAUAAUCUGGUUGAAGUAGAAGCUCACCGCGAAGACGAGCUAUGCAUCAAAUCAAAUGGAGAGGAAGUUCCGGUGGAACUAUCGAAUCGAAUUGUGGAUGUACUAGAACAUUCUGUAGAUGAUGUCGAUGAUUUGAAACGAUAUAGUAGAUCGUUGGGUGAUUAUUAUUCGGAAAGUUUCCAUAAGGCUCUACAAGACGGGAAAUUUGCAGAUAUCGACAGCGAAACGUGCUAUCAAAUUUACCAAUCCUUUUUAAACUACCACAAUACCUACAAUGCCGUAGAUAGUGUGUUUGAGAUGUCCGCACCGGGGUUAUUGGAGUUUACCGAUCAUCAGGAUGAAUAUCUUAUCAACUGGCGAACACGUGGCUUCAAAACGAUUCUAGACCUUAUGAUGAAACGACUUCCGGAGCAAAAAGCGACGCCCAUACCGAUCGAGAACCAUGUAUUUUUCAACAAGCGUGUAACGAAUAUCAGUUACCCAUCGGACCCCGAUCAACCCGUCCGAGUGACGUGCAGUGACGAUAGUUGUUAUGUAGUAGACCAUGUGAUAGUUACUGUCUCCCUUGGAGUUUUGAAAGAGGUCUAUCACACACUGUUCACUCCAAAAUUACCUCAACUGCAUCAGAAUGCAAUCGAAGGACUCUACAUUGGAGUAAUCGAUAAAAUGGUAUUGGAAUUUGAGAAACCUUUCUGGCCAAAUGGAUGGCACGGUUUUGCAAUGUUGUGGAACAAGAAUGAUCUGGAAGAGCUCCGCAAUUCCGAUAAAAGUUGGAUAGAAGGCGUUGCCAGUUUCUUCGUUCCGGAACACCAACCCAAUUUACUUGUCGGAUGGGUUUACGGAAAGUAUGCUAGGACUAUGGAAGGUCUUCCAGAGAAGGAAGUCGUCGAUGGACUGCUGUUUACUCUCCGGAAAUUUUUAGUAAAAUAUGAGAUACCUGAAGCAAAAUCUUUCACCCGCAGUACCUGGUACACAAAUAGGAAUUUCCGUGGAUCGUACACCAGUCGCUCGAUGAAAUCGGACAUUCUAAAUGCCAAAGCAGCUCACUUGGCCCAACCUUUGGUAAACUCACUCGGACUUCCGGUGGUGCAGUUCGCAGGUGAGGCUUCACAUCCGGAGUAUUACUCAACGGUGCAAGGCGCUGUAGGAAGUGGCUGGAGAGAAGCGGACAGAAUAAUUGAACUUUAUAGGAACAAACGAAUGACAGUAGAAUUUAGCAAAUUGUAAGCAAUAAUU